AUGUUGCUUGGAAGUUGAUAAGGUCCGAGGGCUUCAGGGGACUAUACAGAGGGUUUACCUUGUUAAUACAAAACCUGUUGGCCAUCAGGUAUUAAGAUGUUUCCCUUGUUAACUGCAUUAUAUUCAUCUUUAUAAAACUGCAUUAUAUUCAUUUGUAUAAAACCUUGCGUGUCUCCAUGCUCGAAUUUUUCCAACCCUCUUUUGUCUCAUUGCAGGAUCUAGUUGGUCUGUUUAUGUCUAUAUUACUCCUUGUAGAUUUCAUCUUAGUGUUGCUUACAUUACUUCAGAUAUACUUGUUGCCGCUAAUGAGUUUCUUCUUAGUUUUAUUUGUCCUCCCUCUUGGUGUGUUAUUUCCAUUUCCAUAUGGAAUCAGUGCUUUGUUUAGUCCAGGGCCUAGGCGACCAGCUGGCCUUGCUCGGCUAUAUGUUGUGUGGAAUCUGACCUCCGUAGUCAAUGUUGUAGUUGUCUUCAUUUGUGGUUUUAUUCAUUAUAUAGUUCAUUCACAUGACAAGCAUUCCAACAUUCAAUCCUGGAAUUUAGUAUGGAAGAAAGUGAAUGGUGGAUGCUUCCUUCUGAUCUAUUCCUCUGCAAAAUAAUUCAAGCUCGUCUUAUUGAUUGUCAUAUGGCUAACUAGGAAAUACAAGAUCUUUCAUUGUAUAACAGUGACACUAUUGUCUUUUG